AUGCCCAAGCCAAAAUUCCUCAUCGUCCUAACCUCCCAGGACAUGAUCCCAACCAACCGCGCAACAACCGGCUGGUACUUGUCCGAACUAGCCCACCCCUACACAAUCCUCUCCCCCCACCUACAUUUAACAAUCUCCUCCCCCCAAGGCGGUGAAGCACCCUUAGACGCUGCCUCCGCCAGUCAACAAAUCCUAGAAAACGAUCCCGUGGCGCGAGAGUUUCUAGAGCAGAAUCGUGGUCUUUGGACAAGGACGACUCCGUUACGGGAGGUUGUGUGUGGCGUUACGGAGGGGGAGUUUGUGGGUGUGUUGUUUGUGGGGGGGCAUGGGCCAAUGUACGAUCUCCCCACGCACCCAUCUAACCUCGCCAUCCUGCAAUCACUCGCCUCUACAUCCAGUCCCGAUCCAAAGGUCAUCGCGGCAGUAUGCCACGGCCCCGCUGCACUGCUGAACGCAACCACGCCCUCUGGCCUCCCGCUGCUUUCUGGUACCACGCUAACCGGGUUCUCAAACGAAGAGGAGGAAAUAGUGGGAAUGCAUAACGUGUUGCCGUUUGAGUUGCAGACGGAGCUUGAGCGGGUUACUGCUACCGCUGCUGGUGGAGGUGGAGGUAAAGGAGGGUAUGUGAAGGCUGACAAGGCGUGGGGGGAGAAGGUGGUUGUGUCGAGGAGUGCGGAUACGGGGGCUGGGAUGGGAGGGGCAUUUGUGGUUACGGGGCAGAAUCCGGCGAGUGCGGCUGGGGUUGCGAGGGGGGUUCUUGGGGUUUUGGGGUUGGGGUGA